CUGGGUCCUUUUUGGAGGAAGGACACAGAUGGGUGCAUUAAUAUGUCUGCACAUUCUUCAUGUUCUUUCCCCCAUAUUCAUCAGUGAGCGGUAUGCACUGCUCCCUCGACUCCUCAGACCAGUCCCAGAUGGAGAACCUAGAACUGGUUGAGGAGGUCAUGGUGGACCGCUCAACACAGACGGUCUGGGAAGACCAAAGUGAAACUGAGAGGCAAAGCUCCAGAGCAGAUUGGAACCAGUCUGGAGUGAGCAGUAUGCACUGCUCCCUCGUCUCAGACCAAUCCCAGCUGGAGGACCAUAAACUGGAUGAGGAGCUAACCGUGGGCAGCCCAAAAGAGCGGGUCUCCAGAUGGGAAAACAUGGGCUACACGGACAGCCAAAGCUCCAGAGCAGUUUGGAACCAGUCUGGAGAUUCAGUGGUCAGCAGCAUGUACUGCUCCCUUUUCUCCUCCAGCUCCUACCACUCUGAGGUGGAGGACUGGAAAGUGGAUGAGGAUCUCAUGGAAAUCAUACACAGGCAUAUGGAGGACAGAGAGGAGAGAGCCAGCAAUCAGGAUGAGGAUGUCCAUUUCCUCGCGGUCCUCUGUGCUUGCUGCAAGGCUGCAUAUAAGAGCGGCCAGGAGACUCUGGAUCUCCCCUACACCAAAGGACAACUGAUAAAGGAAAUCGUGGUUGUGAUGGAGAAGUCCCCUGUGCAGUCUGGGCCUACCAUUCUCCUGCUUUAUGCCAUGGCUGCCGUCUCCUGCCUCAGCAAAAUCAAGCCUCCAACUGACCCAGAGCUAGAGUCUGCGAUCCUGCGCUUCGCUGUUCGCGGGGUCAUAGAGGUGCAAGCAGGACAUGUCCACAAACAGGCUCUGCACAAACUCGCAGCAGACAAUCUGGAACUGAUGCUGAGGGGUUUUUUGUCAGAGGCCCCAACCACACAGCAUCUCUUGUCCCUCCUGGAGCACAUCAACAUCUGGAUCCUCUCCAGGAAUGCCCAGGAGAGAGCACGAGCCAGCAAACAAUGCGCCAGCUUGCUCCGCUUUAGUGUCAUGAUGCCUGAUUGUGAUAACUCUGCAGAACUCCCCAGUUUGGGCCACCAUGUGGCGAAACUUGGAAUCUGCAUAAUGGAUUGCAGGAAGGAUGUCAGCCGAAACGCCAGGGAGGGAAUCUACCGGCUCCUAGAAGUACUUCUCCACCACAAAGGCCAGAGCAGCAGAGAAGCUGGGGAGCUGUGGAGCCGGAGAUGGCAGGAGGAGGAAAGAAUACUGGCCUAUCUGAACACCGCCAGAGUUGGGGAGGUUUUCAGGGAGAUCUUUAAUAAAGAUCAGGAAAGAUCCUUCCUGAGGACCACGAUUUGGGCCAUUAAUCAUCCCGUCCACAGGGUUAAGGAGGCUGGACUGAUCCUGCUGUACUCCCUCCUGGGCAAGGCCGAUGCACUGAUGGGGUAUGAGGAGGACGAAAUCCGGAGGAAAAUCUGGCGUCGUCUCCGCCAAAUCAAAGAAAGCAAAGGGCUGCCUGAAGAAAUCGAAGGUAUCUUAAAAAACCAAGGGUUUGUAAAUUGUGGAUGAUGCAAGUCUUUUAAUGGUACUAGAGAAAGACAUGCUGUUCUGGUAGCUCCAGGUCUUAACACUCACAUCAAUUUCGGAGGAUGAUUACAACUGAAGGAAGCCCGGGUGGGUGUGUGGCUGGGGGAGUCAGUCAUGUGACUAGCCUCUGGGGGGGGGGGCCUCCAUGGCAGUGGGCUCCCAGACAACUGUCUCCCCUUGCCCUAUUAUAGUUACGCCCCGGGUUCUUUCUGUCAAAGAACCCCCUGCUUUGGAAGCAGACAGUACUAUUUGCUUUGAGAGCCUGAAUGCUAACACCAGCUCCACACACAACUCCUCCACUUAGUACAUUAGGAGUUCUACAGCGAUUCCCAUCCCUAAUACUUUCCUUAGUCAAAUGGUGCUGGCAUCAUUAUAUUUUUCCUUCUCUU